ACAGCUCACCACUCUGGGAAAUCUUACACCUUCGAGCACUGUGUUUUUCUGCUGUGACAUGCAGGAAAGGUUCCGACCAGCCAUCAAGUAUUUUGGGGAUAUUAUUAGUGUGGGACAAAGAUUGUUGCAAGGAGCUCGCAUUUUAGGAAUCCCAGUUAUUGUAACAGAACAGUAUCCUAAAGGUCUUGGCAGCACUGUUCAAGAAAUUGAUUUAACAGGUGUGAAACUGGUGCUUCCAAAGACCAAGUUUUCGAUGGUAUUACCAGAAGUGGAAGCUGCCUUAGCGGAGAUCCCUGGAGUCAGAAGUGUUGUAUUAUUUGGAGUAGAAACUCAUGUGUGCAUCCAGCAAACGGCUCUGGAGCUAGUCGGCCGCGGGAUUGAGGUUCAUAUUGUUGCUGAUGCCACCUCAUCAAGAAGCAUGAUGGAUCGGAUGUUUGCUCUUGAGCGUCUUGCUCGAACUGGAAUCAUAGUUACCACAAGUGAGGCCGUUCUGCUGCAGCUGGUGGCUGACAAAGACCAUCCGAAGUUCAAGGACGUCCAGAAUCUAAUUAAAGCCAGUGCUCCAGAGUCAGGUCUGCUCUCCAAAGUCUAGGGCGCCGGAAGGACUGAUGGGCCCCUUACCAUCGGGAAGAACGGGACUGGAAGCCCAGACGAGGCUGUCUCUUGAAGGCAAAACCUGGCGUGGUUGUUGCACCUCUUAGUAGAACUUACCCAGUUAGACCGUUCUGGUACCAACACUUAGUUACAAAUGUCACAGGCUUCAGGUGCUGCUUUCUUUCUUGUUCUCAUUAAUGUGCUUUUUAUUUAUGAAAAAAAGCAAUCAGUGGAGGUGCCCAUUUCGUCUACAUUUUCUAUACAUUCAUCAUGACAUGCAACCAAAGUGUGCUCUUGUGGAAUACUCUGACUUGUGUACGGUAAAGCAAAAUAAAACGUUCCAAUAAUUGUUUGACUUCUGUCGCAUUGUAUGAUGUAUGUUAUAAGGUUAAUGUGGAACCAUUGAUAUUACUUUUCAAAGUGAUUAAAAUAGAAUUAUUAUAUGAGCAUUUAAAAACAGGAUUCUGGACUGUCCUUCACAGUAUUGUUGACUUUCUUAUGGAGUGAGUUGAUUUUUACCAAACCAAAUUUUAUUAACUAAUUAUAUGUCUUCUUUGAUUCUUCUGAUUUUUGUAUUCUAAUCACCAAUUCUGACGAUGUCCUCUUCUUUAGCUGAAUUAUUUAUGUAGACAGACCCAUUGAGUCAUUGCUUACUGUAAUUUCGCAAAUGGAUGGAGUCACUGGCAGUGCCACGUAAUUAGGGCUGGGCUUUUGUAACCUUUUUGACAUGUAACAUUAGCUGAGUAUCUUAUAACCAUCUUGAAUAAUUCAUGCACCCAAUUUAGCAAAAAGAAAAAGGCUGAAUAAAAUGUCAUUUUAAAAUA